AUGGCCCUUAUCGUGGGUUGCAACUAUCCUAACACCCCAAACGAGCUGCACGGAGCUAUAAUUGGGAGGUUGGAGCAUGUUGAGGGCGCUAAACACUGCACACAUAAAGUAAGAAGCAGGUGUUGGAACGAAGUACACUGUGAACCACUUGAGUGUGCCAAGCGUUGCUCGGAAUUUGGAGCUGAGGACUUCGAAUGUUCUUUCAGCGUCGAUUCGAAAGAAAGUUAUUGCUAUUGUUUGUUCGGUUGUCGAAACACUACGGAACCCGAGCCGCCAGCCACAGAGCCUGAGCUGCCAACAUUUGAUAUAUGA